AUGUCGGACUUUACUGAGUUGAACAGACAAUAUUUCAGUAAACUAGCUAGUUCCUACAGGGAGGAAUUCCGACAAGGCCAGGAAUUGAUCUUCAAUGAGGUUCAAGGACGUCGCUCCUGGAUCAGUGAUACCUGGAGUGACACCCAGUCGGGAAAAGGUCAUAAAAUCAGGAUGCUCGAGUAUGCUUGCGGGCCUGGUGCUGUCUCCGCAGCGCUAGCACCGUUCGUCGACCAUAUUGUUGGCAUGGACGUAUCCGAAGAAAUGAUCAAGCAAUUCAACAUCAACGCCCAAGAAACGGGCUUUGCGGAUAAGAUGCAUGGCUACCACGGCGACCUCCUCGCUGAACCCGUGCCGGACAAUCUAUCCGGGCCUGAGUUCUUCGAUUUCGAUCUCGUCGCUGUGAGCAUGGCCCUUCAUCACUUUGACAAGCCUGACUUGGCGUUGAAACGCCUUGGCGAGCGGCUAAAGAAAGACGGCAUGUUCUUUAUUAUCGAUUUGGUACCGGAGGAUGAACACUCAAAUGGCCUGCACAAUGCAUUCCUCCAGGCAAGCGCGACAGUUAGAACACGUGGCUUCACCUUGGAGAACAUGCAGAAGUUGUUCAAAGACGCCGGAAUGGGCGAGAAGUUCGACUACCAGGUCAUUCAGGAGCCGGUAGUGUUCAAAAAGGAGGGAAAAGAGUUCAAGAAGACUAUAUUCAUCGCCAGAGCUCAGCGCAAUUAG